AUGGGAAAAGAGCUCUGGGUCCCACGAAACCCAGCUGCAGGAGGAGGGGGAAGUCCUGGAGGAGAAGCAGCAAGCCCCCGUGCCCGAGAGGAGGCCGCCGGACUGGGCGGCGGGUCUCCAGGGAACAGCGCCCGGAACUCUCGAGGCCCGGCGAAUCGUUCCUGGCUCGGCCGGGCAGCGAACCCUCUGAAGGGCAAGGGUGGGGAGGCCGCCUUGAGCUCUAGAUUGGGCAGCCAGGCCCCGCCGCGGGAGGAAAACAAAGGGGGUGAGUCGGCAGCAUCCCCGCCGACCUCACCGGCGGCCGGAGUCUCGCUCCCGGCCCGUUGCCCCGCAUCCAGACCUCGGCCCCCAGGCCUGGUCCUUCCGACCGCCCAGAGCACUCCUACCUCUCCGUCCCUCAAGCUCUUACCCGCCGCAGGCCUCGCAGGUCGAGCCCGGCAGGCGACACAGGAAAAGCCGCGCUUCGUCCCUCCCCUUCCUCUGCGGGGUCCAGGUGACAGUGAAACGAGAGGUUCCCUCGACCAGCGAAAGCCAGCACACUUCCCGUCUCGAGCACGCGGCUCCUCAGGCCCCGCAACUCAGAGGCCCGCGCGGUGCUGCCGGCGGCGGUGGGGGGAGGCCGCGUCCAUCGCGAUCCUGGACGGGGAAGGGAGGAGGGUUGGGAGAGAGCUGGGCGGAGAGGCCGAGGAGGGCAGGCGAGCUCGGCAGGGGCGGAGCAAAUGGGCUCUGGGGGCAGCCACCCGGCUGUCCGCCACGUGGGGCGCUGCGGAGACUCGUCGGCCAGCAGUGCCGGGUCGCCUGCGCGACCAGGGCUCUCAGGCCUCCCGGGGCUCACACACCCUUGGCCCCGUCGGCUGUCGCUUUUCUGUAGUACGUCCUCACGCCUUACGCUUUGCUGUCACUGCGAGCGCGCUGCCUAAACCUCGCACGCGGGUGCACGCAAGCCCAGCUGGUUAUACAGACAUUAGCGUGCUCCUGCUGAGGGCUCCAUGCUGCGCUUUAAAGCUGAGGCCCAACCUGUGUUUGUCGAGUAUCCCACCCCGGCGACCCACGAGCCUCCGCUCCUCCCCGCUGGUCGUUCCUUCUCGUGCAAGGAAGUGCGUCGCUGGAGGAAAGGUGUCUCUCUCCGGUCCCUGAAGACAAGCCACCCGUCAGAACAACCAGAAAGAAAAUCUUGGACCACAACCCUGCAAAGGAGAAGCUAGCAAAAUGAUGAUACUCUUAACAGAAAAUAGAAAGAGACUACUCUUCACUAACUUUUUAAGUUUGUCUUUUGUAGAUGGCAUAUAGUUGGAUCACUUUUGUUUACCCAUUCUGCAAACUUUUGACUUUUGAUUGGAGUGUUUAGUCAAUUUACAAUUAAUAAAUAAAGCAGGAAGUGAUUACUAUCCC